AUGGGAAGAGCUCCUUGUUGUUCUAAAGUUGGCUUACAUAGAGGUCCAUGGACUGCUAGGGAAGAUGUCUUGCUAAUCAAAUACAUUGAAGCUCAUGGUGAAGGUCAAUGGAGAUCUUUGCCUAAAAAAGCCGGACUUCUAAGGUGUGGAAAGAGUUGUAGAUUGAGAUGGAUGAACUACUUGAGGCCAGAUAUCAAAAGAGGCAAUAUUACACCAGAUGAAGAUGACCUAAUUAUUAGGUUACAUGGCUUAUUAGGCAACAGAUGGUCUCUUAUAGCAGGAAGAUUACCUGGUAGAACUGAUAAUGAAAUCAAAAAUUACUGGAAUACCCAUUUAAGUAAGAAGCUCCGAAGCCAAGGGACCGACCCGAAUACCCAUAAGAAACUAUCCGAAUCCGAGCUCGAAAAUUUAUCCAAGAAUAAUUAUAAUAAAAAGAGAUGUAAGAGCUCCAUUGAUGAUAAUAAUAAUAAUAAGCAUACUAACUAUAGGAGUAUUAGAUCUAAAAAACUUGGUGAUGAAGUAGGGGAAAAGACUAAGAUCCAUUUACCCAAACCCGUUAGGGUUAAAUCUGUCAUUUCACUAACAAGGAACAAUAGUGAUAGAAGUUUAGAGACUAAUAAUAAUAAUAAUGUAAGUACUACAAGUGCAUCUUCAAGUCAAACUCAAACCUUAAACCAAAAUUAUGGGCUAACAACAUAUGACUCAGAGAAUAAUAUAAUUAUGCCAUGGAUGGAAAAUCAUGCUAGCAUGGGAACAAAUGGAUUUGAUGAUCAUAUGAUGAUGACUAUUGGAUCAUCAUAUGGUGAUCAUGAUGUCAAUAUUGAUACCAUGCAGCCUCAUCAUGAAGUGGUUGCACAAGAUAAUAAUCAGCAGCUUGAGAAGCUUUAUGAGGAGUAUCUACAGCUUAUCAAGGUAGAUCAUGAUCAUGAUCAUUAUCAUGAUGGUGAUGGUGAUGAUGAUGAUGUUGAUGGUGAAGCUCAACUAGAUUCAUUUACUGAAUCUUUUCUCAUCUAA